AUGUUAACUUUCAAUAAGUCGGUAGUCUCGUGUGCUGCAAUCAUUUACGCUCUGUUGCUAGUGGUUCUCCCACUAACAGCACAGCAGUUUGUCAAGGCAGAGUCGAAUGAAAAUUACGGAACCGUGAUUGGUAUCGAUCUUGGUACCACAUAUUCAUGCGUUGGUGUUAUGAAGGCUGGAAGAGUUGAAAUCAUUCCUAAUGACCAAGGUAAUAGAAUAACACCAUCUUAUGUGGCAUUUACCGAAGAAGAGAGGUUGGUGGGUGAUGCCGCCAAGAAUCAAAUUGCGUCAAACCCGACCAAUACUAUUUUUGACAUCAAAAGAUUAAUAGGGCACCGGUUUGAUGACAAAGUAAUUCAGAAAGAAAUCAAACAUUUGCCAUACAAGGUUAAGGAUCAAGAUGGUAGACCUGUUGUGGAGGCAAAGGUUAACGGGGAACUCAAGACCUUCACAGCGGAAGAAAUUUCUGCCAUGAUUUUGGGCAAAAUGAAACAGAUUGCAGAAGACUACUUAGGAAAGAAAGUGACCCACGCAGUCGUUACUGUCCCAGCCUAUUUCAAUGAUGCGCAAAGACAAGCAACCAAGGAUGCUGGAACGAUUGCUGGUUUGGAGGUACUGAGAAUUGUUAACGAGCCAACCGCAGCAGCUAUUGCAUAUGGUUUGGAUAAGACGGACGAGGAAAAACAUAUCAUAGUUUAUGAUUUGGGUGGAGGUACUUUUGAUGUUUCUCUUCUCACCAUCGCUGGAGGAGCAUUUGAAGUCUUGGCUACUGCGGGUGAUACUCAUUUGGGUGGAGAGGACUUCGACUAUAGAGUUGUUAGACAUUUCAUCAAAGUUUUCAAGAAGAAGCAUGGAAUCGAUAUUAGUGACAACUCAAAAGCAUUAGCAAAAUUAAAGAGAGAGGUUGAAAAAGCGAAGAGAACACUGUCCUCUCAAAUGUCGACUCGCAUAGAGAUUGACUCUUUCGUCGACGGAAUUGAUUUUUCGGAAUCUCUAUCAAGAGCAAAGUUUGAGGAGCUGAAUAUGGAUUUGUUCAAAAAAACUUUGAAACCAGUGCAGCAGGUUCUUGAUGACGCUAAAAUGAAGCCAGAUGAAAUAGAUGAUGUGGUGUUCGUCGGUGGAUCUACUCGAAUUCCAAAAGUUCAAGAGCUAAUCGAGAAUUUUUUCAAUGGCAAAAAGAUUUCUAAAGGCAUCAAUCCAGAUGAGGCUGUGGCCUUCGGUGCUGCUGUUCAGGGAGGUGUGCUUUCAGGUGAGGAGGGAGUGGAAGACAUAGUGUUGAUUGAUGUCAACCCACUCACUCUGGGUAUUGAGACCUCCGGAGGGGUCAUGACCACAUUGAUCAAACGGAACACUCCUAUUCCUACCCAAAAGUCCCAAAUAUUUUCCACGGCGGCUGAUAACCAGCCGGUUGUUUUGAUCCAAGUCUAUGAAGGUGAAAGAGCGAUGGCCAAAGACAAUAAUCUGUUAGGAAAGUUUGAAUUAACAGGUAUACCACCUGCACCAAGAGGCGUCCCUCAAAUCGAGGUUACGUUUACUCUUGACUCUAACGGUAUUUUGAAAGUUUCUGCGACCGAUAAGGGAACAGGAAAGUCCAAUUCUAUUACAAUUACCAAUGAUAAGGGUCGCCUUUCGAAGGAGGAAAUCGAAAAGAAAAUCGAGGAAGCUGAGAAGUUUGCGCAACAAGACAAGGAGCUGAGGGAGAAGGUUGAAAGCAGAAACACACUUGAAAACUACGCCCAUUCCCUUAAAAAUCAAGUCAAUGAUGAGAAUGGUUUUGGGGCAAAGCUUCAAGAAGAUGAUAAAGAAACUCUUUUGGAUGCUAUCAACGAGGCUUUGGAGUUUUUGGAAGACAACUUUGAUACAGCAACUAAAGAUGAAUUCGAUGAACAGAAGGAAAAGCUGAGUAAGGUUGCAUACCCUAUCACCUCUAAAUUGUAUGACGCGCCUCCAACGGGUGACGAAGAAGAUGAGGAUGAUUGGGAUCACGACGAACUGUGA